UAGUAGUACUAUUUUUCGGCAUUAAAUAAAAUUUGUAACGAGCACAGCGAAAAAUUAUUGCUUUUACUGUCAUGGUAUCGAUACGAUCGGAAUCGGUGGAUAGCUAUAACCACAUCUUAACCGGAGACGAGUUGAACGAUAUUGUUCGGAAAACUUUAAAAACUGUGAACCAAGUCAAUGUUACCGAAUACGAAAUAAAAUCCGAUCGGAAUGCAUUUGGUUACUUGGGCGAGUAUUUUCGGCUGACCGUUCACGUGGAAAGUACAACAUCAACUUCAAGCCAAACAUUAAAGUACUUCAUAAAGUCUCUUCCCAUCAACGAUGAGGCACAGAGGAAGUACAUCGAAAGUUAUGGAAUGUUUCAGAAAGAGGGUGUCUUAUACAAUGACCUCCUCUCGCAACUAGGUGGAACCGACUCGAGUUCAGUCUCAGCAAAAUGGAGACCAGAGUGUUUCUUGGCUCGAUCCGAUUUACUGGUCUUCGAAGAUCUGAAUCUUCUCGGAUAUUCCCAUUUGGAGCAUCGUACGGCGCUGCAAAUUCCACAUAUCGAAUGUACGUUGAAUAGUAUAGCAAAAAUGCAUGCAGCGGGCAUUGCGUACGAGACGAGGGAAGCGACUAACAUUGGUAGUAAGUUUAAAGACGUGCUGUUUGAGCCAUCGAUUGGUUUAACGAAUACAUGGCACUUGGUUGGACUGCAGGCAGUAAAAUUUAUUGCACCACUCACUCCAAACUUUGCCAAAUACAAAGACUGGUCGACCCAGAAAUUCGACAAACUGAUCGCACCCAUCUACGAAAUGAUGUUGGAAUCGACAAAAUACCGAAAUGUGUUAUGCCAUCGCGACCUCUGGCAAAGCAAUUUAGUUUACAAAUUCGAACGAAACGUGAAUGAUAACAUUGAUCAAUCCAAACCAAUUGAAUGUGUUCUGAUUGACUAUCAAAUUUGUCGUUAUCUACCACCAGUUGUUGAUGUUAUUGGCUUAAUUAGUGUCAGCACUAGGCUUGAACAUCGUAAACAGUAUUAUGGUCGUUAUCUGCGAUAUUAUUAUGAUGCCUUAGCAAGGGAAUUGAACGAGUACAAAAUUGAGGCGAGCAACGAGCUUAGUUGGGAUGAAUUUGUUCAAAGUUCCAGAGAGUUGAAAUUACUUCCCUUGGCCAUCAAUGCGGUGUGUAUACCACUGACUACGUUAUCGUCCGAAAUUUUGUUGUCAUUGAAGACUGAGAAUCCAGCCAGGUACAUGCGAACUAUGACCGUUAAUAGGCAUGAAUUCAUACUGGAGUACAUGGAAAAGGAUGCUGAGUAUAAAGAAAUUGUGAUGGAAAGCUACAGUGAACUGUUGGACUGUAUGUUUGGAAUAAAUGACUAUCUAUGCACAUUACUGAAAUCAAUCCCAGGUGUAGAGGUAAUCGCAUUUGCCGACGAUAUUGCUAUUUUGGUCACUGGCGAUGAUAUAUCGAUUAUGGAAUCCAUCAUGAACUGUGCCUUACACAUCUUAUCGGUUUGGUUAAUAUUGCCAAAUAUUGUGAAAUACCAAAACAGAAAGAAGAAGAAGAUGUCGACAUCGAAUCUACAAUUGAUCGAAACAAGUAAAUUGUUUUCGGAAGAAGAAUGUGCGGAAAUCGUCCGAAAAACUUUGAAUCGUGAAAGUGUUUCCGUUAAAAGUGUCGAGUUGUUCGGUAAUAAAACAGUUUUCGGUUUUUUGGGUGAAUAUUUCCGGUUGAUCAUUCAUGUCAAUGAUGGCAACGAAUCAGAAGCGGAAAAUGGUACCGAUGAUCAGUCAAAGCCUUUUGUCUACUUCAUCAAAUCGCUUCCAAUCUCGAACGAAGUAAAGAGGAAACACAUGGAAAAGUUCAAUAUGUUCAGCAAGGAAUGGUUCAUGUACAGUCAACUAUUGCCACAUUUCCAAGAAGGAUACGAUUCCAGUCAGUGGCAUGCAAAGUGUUAUCUAGCACGGCCAGACGUACUCGUUCUGGAAGAUCUCACCGAAUUGGGCUACCGACAUAUCGAAUAUCGCAGUCGUUUCAAUACAGCGAUGAUUGAGUGCUGUCUCAGAAAUGUUGCAAAGCUACAUGCCGAUAGCAUUGCAUACGUUGAGAAUGUACUACGGAAGGAGAAGUUUGAGGAGAAAUUUGCAGAUUAUUUGAACGAGAUAUCCAUUAGAGAAGACGAUGAAUGGUUCCAGUGUGGACUACGGGCAAUCAAGGGAUGCGCCCCAUUGGCGAAAAACUUUUACAAAUACAAAGACGAAUGGUCGGAUGAGGAAUUUGAUAAGCGUACUAAGAAAACGUACGAAAUUGUGAAGCCAUCGAAAGUUUAUCGAAAUGUUCUGUGCCAUCAGGAUCUCUGGGCGAACAAUAUAAUGUUUAAAUUCGAACCGAUGCCAAACUCAAACCAAUCAGAUCUGGAUAGACCUAUCAACUCCGUCUUCAUGGACUUCCAGUUCUACAGGUACGCUCCACCAGCAAUCGAUGUUCUACAACUACUCACGAUGACCACACGAUUAGAUUAUCGACGUCAGAACUACGAAAUGCACUUCAAAUAUUACCACUCACGCUUGAGCGAUGAACUGAAACGCCGUGGAUUGGAUGUGGAUGAAAUUUUGCCGUGGAACGAGUUUCGAUCGAGCUGUGACGAUCUGCGACAGUUUCCGGUAAUCUACAAUUGUGUGGCUCAACCGUUGGUCUACUUGCAGCCCGAUAAACAAUUGAAAAUGAAGAACGAAGAUGCGGAUAAGUUUCAUCGCAUUCUACUAGUCGAUCGCAUGGAAUAUAUGCUUGAGGCAAUGGCUGACGAUGAACAAUUCAAAGACGUAGUGAUGGAGAAUAUCGAAGAGUUGCUCGACCUAUUAUUCGGUGACAAUAAAAACACUUUCAUUUGAAAACAAUUA